AAUGAGAACAUUUGACACUUCACUCAGCAUCUUUGGAAUCGGAUGGGGGUGCUUUGUUUUCAAGAGGUAGAGAGCAACAUUACAAGAUAAAAUUAAUCCAAGCAUGCUCCGUGCCAUUCCAAACAAUGGACACACUGCCGGUAAUGCAGAGGAGGAGGAAGAAUUUGUACAUCGACAGCAGCCUGUGGGGAUCUAUGGCUGGAGGAAGCGAUGUCUUUAUGCAUUUCUUCUGUUUCUCAUGGUGUUGACUAUUUUAAACCUGGCUCUCAUUGUUUGGAUCCUACGAGUUUUGAAUUUUUCUGUGCAUGGCAUGGGGAAACUUCGAAUCACGGAGAAUGGGAUAAGACUGGAGGGUGAAGCUGAAUUUCUGGACAGCUUAUACACCAACAAAAUACAGUCAGUACAGGGCAAGCCUUUACACAUAGACUCUAGUAGAGACAUUCUGUUGAGAGCAAGAGAUGAGAAUAAAAACAUCUCAAGCACAUUGCACAGAGUUGAGAAUAAAAACAUCUCAAGCACAUUGCACAUAGGAAACAAUAGACUUGUAGCUCAGUGCAAUGAGUUUGAAGUCAUUGACCACAAAGGUCAAACAAGGUUUAAGGUCUGGGACAGGGGUGUUGCCAUGGAGAUGGAUGAGGUAUACUACACAGGUUCCAGUACAGUGACGUUCAAUGGUUCAGUGGAAACUCCAAAUAUCCGAGGACCAAGAGCAAAGCCACUCAAGAUUGAGGCACCUACUACAUCCAUUCACAUGCAUGCUGAAAAGGAGAUCCGCAUUUAUGCACCAGCAGCUGACAUGACGAUCAGCACCUUAAAAGAAAUACAGUUGAGGUCAAAAGACAGCAUAAUUUUGGACUCCUCCAAGCUGUAUAUUAAGAACUUGAAGGUCAGUACAGUUAGCGGUAAGCAGUCACGGCGGGGGUACCAGCUCUGUAUGUGUAGUACUGGACUGCUGUUCAUAGCGGACGCCGACAAAGAGUGCCAGGGAACCAGGGAGAUCUGCUCCUAGAUCUUCCAUGGGUGUCCAGAGAGGACACCAUUAUGGACAGUAUUUAUAUUGCUCAUAUAUUAAACAUGACAAUCGUAAGAUAUAUUUUGUUACAAGGCUGCUGCUCAGCUUAUUCACUUUGCCUGCAUGGUGGCCAAUAAAACCAUAAAUAUACAUGUAUUUGAUAUUUUCUAUAGUAUACAAUCAUGCAGGUGCUACCGGUAAUCUGUAAAAGUUUGAAAAUGAAUGUAAUUUAUUUUUGUACUUACUUGAUAUCUAUUUUAUUAUUAUUGAUUAUUAAUGGGGUAUGUGUCACAAUUGUUUUGGUUUUUUUUUUCUUUACAUAUUUGAAUAUUUUUUAGGUGCCAUAAACCUUAAUGUAUACCAAUUUACAACAGAUACUGUUUACAUGUACAUAUAUAUCAGAAAUGCAAUUUUGGUUUGAUUGCUGUGAAGUGUAUAAUUUUUCAGGUAAUGUUGAAUUUUGUUAUUUAUGCAAGUACAAAAUGUAGAUAUUUAAUCACAGGUAACUUAAUCCAAGAAUUCAAAAUUACAUGUAGAUCUAUACAUGUAUAUACAUGUUAUAAAAUACAGUGGGUUCCAUUUAAUCUGAUAGCAGCUAAACAGAUAUUUUGGAUAUAUUCAACAUAACAUUGAAAUACAAUUCUACAUGUAGUUGUGUAUUACAUGUACAUAAAGUAAUAGAAAUUGUAGUCAAGUGAUUUAGGUGUAAUUGUUUUGAUAAAUGUGCCAAAAUAUUGCUUCAUGUUCUUGUAUAAUUGUGCCACCUUGAGGGGAGAGGGUAGAUUAUUUUUCAGUUAUUAAUUUUUCCAUAUAGAUAUAUAGCUGCCGUAUUGUCUGAAAGUUAAAUAAAUACUUCAACGUUACCAAACUUCAUAUGCAGGAUGGCCACUAUGAAAUGUGAAAGGUCGCCAGUUUUACUGCCAUAUUUUAUUUUGCAUUGAAUAUAUCUAUA